AUGGGAACGCCCCGCCCCCCACGCCGUUUGCGGCAACUGCAGGGUUGGCAAAACGGGUCCAGGGUUGCGGACUGCCGGCCAUUGUUUGAUAUUUUGGAUGACGGUGAUGGGCAUAUCACGAUCGCUGAGUUCUGCAAGGGGCUCAUGCAGCUGAAGGGUCAAGCACGAACUUUGGACAUCCACAUGCUUCAUCGGGAAAACUCGAAGGUCCUGAAGGAAUGUCAGGACAUCCAGCGUCAAAUGCGCUUGGUAUGCAGGGCUGUCAUGUCUGCCUAG